AUGAACCAAAAGGCUGUAAAAAGGAGUGCAAUAGCAAAUUUUCUGGCCAGUAGAGCUCUAGAAGGUUAUAAUCCAUUGAGCUUUGAUUUCCCAAAUGAGGAUCUAAUGUAUGUUGCAACCAUAGAAAAAGACUCUCAAGAGGGCCAUCCAUGGAAGCUGAAUUUCGACGGACCUUUAAACGCUGUAGGUAACAAAAUCGGGACAGUUUUGGUAUCCCCAAAUGGAGAUCAUUAUUCUUUCACUAAUAAAUUGGAUUUUGACUGUACAAACAACAUGGCGGAAUACGAGCUUAAAGGUGAAUGGGAGACGAGAGAUCCCAAGUUGAUCAAUUACCGAAGGCUAGUUCUUAAGUUAAUCGAGGAGUUUGACGAUAUCACUUUCUGGUACCUUCCACGAGAUGAAAAUCAGAUGGCUAAUGCCUUGGCAACCUUAGCUUCUAUGAUCAAGAUUACUUCACCAAAUGGGUAG